UUUUCUCUCCUCAUCGCUCAUCAAGCUCUCGGAGAGGUUUUUCUUUUAUCCUGUCCCCACAUGUCACCCGUGUUACCUUCAGGAGCUGACAUCUCCCCGUCACGUCAGCAUCAGCACCAGCUCCCAGGUGGGCCCUGCAGCAUCGACAUGGCUUGUCGUGCACGGGGGGCAUGUGUGGGCACGCGUGCCAGGGCACUUGGGCAGCGACUGCACGUGGGGCGGGCACGUGUGUGCGUGCGGGGGUACUUGACGGCAGGGAUGUACCCCAGCUGCGAGGGCUCCCCCCGCUUCCCGCCGUCGGCUGUGUCACAUCCCAGCCCAGGGACCUUCCCGCCUGUCUGCGGCGAGGGGCGAAAGCCAUAAACAAGCCCGCCGCAGCCCAGGGCACCGCGGCUCUUCGCAGCUGCAUCGCACUUGGCACCACAAAAGGUAGGUGUUAUUAAUUAAUUAGGCCGUCUCUGGCCAGGCUCCGAUUUAAUUAACGUCCCCAGCACUGCAGAUGCUGCCCUGCCCCGGGCUGUGCUGCCACGUGAGCCACCGCUGCCAGGCCGCCUUCCCGGGGGUCCGCCGCAGCCCCCGGUGCAGCCACCUGUUGCUCAGGCUGAAUUCGGCGGCUCUCACUUGUGUUCCCCCCAUGAAUCCCUCCGCUGCCGCCCCGACUUUUCCUCCCCAUCUUUCCCCUCUGCACACCCCAGCCCCCUGGCUGGGCGCGGGGGCCGUGGGGAUGGCUGGGGAUGGGGGUCAGGAUGCAGGACAACCCCAGCUCCCUGGAGGCCGAGUUGGGCUGGUGCUGGGGGGCUGGUGCUGGCCCUGUCUGGGUGACAGGAGGGGCUGGGGACAGGCAGCCCCCUGUGGGGCCAGAUGUGGGGCUGCCACAGCCUGUCAGAGCCAGGAGUGCUCCCUGUGGGCAGCACAGGACCAGGCAGGCUGGGACCCCUGGAACGGGACCUGGGGAGAUGGGCAGGGUGCGUGGCACAGAGUAUGCAUGUGUGUGAGCACACGUGUGUGCGCAGGCAAGUUGUAUGCGCGUGCAGAUGUGAUCAUCUGCACGCAUGUGUAUCGUGUCCAUGUGGUGGGAGCUCGACUGACCCCCGCUGCGGCGUGAGACCUCCCAAAACCCCACUGUGGAGCGACAGACACAACCGCUCCCACCACGCGUGUGCCAAUGACUGCGUCGUGCUGGGGUGUGCAUGUCCCCCCACGCCUGCAGCGCGAGGAGGGGCUGGGGGCUGCAUGGGCACCGCACCUGUGUGCUGGCCCCCUACCACGGGGUGCGGUGGGACGCUGGUGUGCCUGCUUGGGCACGCUUGUGUCGUGGUAUGACUCUGCGUGUGUAAGCGGUGCCUGUCGGUGACAUGGUGCCUGCGUGGGCGUGAAGCUGCAGGGUGAGGGUACCACUCCCCCCCAGCCCCCAUUGGCGGCUCUCCUCUCACCCACCCACGCCGUGCCAUGGGCAGAGCCCCUUAUUUAACACCGCACGGCAGCCAGCACCCCGGUACUUUGCCUCCUGGCUGAACCCGUGCCGGGAGAGCCGUUGGCACAGCCUGCUGCCGCUGCCCACCUUGCCUCGCCGCUGCCCACCUCGCCUCGCCACAUCUCCUGCUCCACAGCUGCCGGCAGCGAGGGUCACACUGCCCCCAGCCCCACGCCAGCCGACACCUGAGGGCUCAGCAGGUCUGUGCCUCUGCGGCACGCGGCCCUGGGGGCUUCCCGGGGUUCCUGGGGGGCUGCUGCACCCCAUCCUCACCCAGCUCAGCUGGGAGAAAGCAGAAGGGAGAGGGGGGAGUUGGUGGAGGUGCUGGGGAGGGCACGGGCCGGGGGGAGAGAUGGGGUGAAGAUGCUGCUUGAAUUUGGGGAGGGCUUCGGGGGGGCUCAGGAAGCAGGUCUGGGUCUGGGAUGUGGCUGUCAGCAUGUGCGUGGCAGUGCGUGCGUGUGCCAGGGGACACGCGUGUGUUGGGCUGAGCCUGAGCCCAUGUUUGCGAUCCCUGUGUGCCUGCAGCGUGUGCGCGUCCAGCACCGCGGGCAUGGCUGGUGGCACCACGGGCAUGGCUGGUGGCACGGGACCCCCGGGGCCGCAGCAGAGCCGUGUCCCCCCGCGACUCUGCCAUGCGCCCUGGUAACGUGUCCCCCCAAGGUGCUGGCAGGGUGCUACCAGCCACAGCUCGCGGGGAGGGGGGGAAGCGGAUUUACCACCACCCCCCUCCCCACCACCCCGGGGAAGCGAUGCGGUCCCUCCGGCCGCAGAUAACGGGUGGGGGUCCCACCACCCUCAGCCCCCCCGUCUCCCGUGUCGCUGCUUUCCCUCCCCAGCGCUUGGCCCGGUCCCGGGCUCGUCCCACGGCUGACCGCCGCCCCCCGCCCCCCCUUCCCCACGAGGAUGAGGAGCCGCCCGGUGCUGGCAGCGCUGCUGGUCCUGGCGUUGUCGCUCGCCCUCGCCCGCCGCCCCCCCGCCCCCGCGCCGGGGUCCGCGCAGGGGAUGCCCGUCCCGGAGCCGGUGCCCUGGGGAGCCCGCGGCAGCCCCGGGGCCGCCUACGCCGCCCUGCUGCAGCUGCUGCGGGAGGAGGACGCCGGUCCCCCCACGGCUCCGCAGAAGCGGGACAUGCACGACUUCUUCGUGGGGCUCAUGGGGAAGCGGGCGGCAGAGCCCGGGCGGCCGGCGGGGCGGGGGAGCGGCGGCCCGUCCCCCCGGUGCUCCUCGGGCCCCCCCGCGGCCGGCGGGACCCCGCUGCGGGCGGCCUGAGCCGCGGGGCUGGACGGGACGCGCCUCGCGGCCCCCACCCACGGGGCACCGGCGUGGGCCGUGCUCUGGGCCGCCGAGGCGAGGCACCGGCUGGGGGGGGGGCGGGGGGCGGCCCGGGCGCGCCUGCACCCACCGACCCGUCGUGGGACCCACCGGGGCCGGAGCCGCGCUUGGAGCUGGUCCGACCCACGCGCGCGUGUCCUUGCACCCGCGGCCGUGCCCGCCGGUGCACACUCACCCUUGCACACCAGCCCGUGCACGCCCGCCCUUGCACACCCACCCGUGCACACGCACCCGUGCACACCCGCCCUUGCACACCCGCCCGUGCGCACCGUGUGUAUCCCCCCUGUA